UAAUGGCUCCUCCUGCAACGGAGAGAGACGGAGCUGGCACAGAGCAGUGAAACGGGGGUUAGCUGAAAUACCACGGAGCUGGGUGAAAAAACAGCAAUUACACCCCAAAAACAGGGAGGUUUAGGUCGCUAUUGGAGGGGAUAUUUGGGGGAAAGGUCGUCUGGGGGGCUGUUCCAGUCGAGGGGCGACAUUUUAUCAGUGGGCAGUCGAGGUUAGCGGCGUAUUUUUCGACAACCAACUCCCCAGAUGAACUCCCUCAGAGCCACCAACAGGAGACCCAGGCGAGUAUCGAGGCCGCGCCCGGUGCAACCCGAACGAAUCAACGGGGAUAGAGAUGAGGAGGCUCCUGCGGCCGCUGCAGCAGAAAUGGCUAUCGAGGAAUCCGGCCCCGGCGCUCAGAACAGUCCCUACCAGCUUCGACGCAAGACCCUGCUUCCUAAGAGAACCACCACUGCCUCUGCCACUGCUUCUGCCACCGCCUCUGCCUGCCCCAGCAAGGGCCCGAUGGAGGGAGCUUCAACUUCAUCAACAGAUGCCUUCGGUCAUCGAGCCAAGCGGGCACGAGUGUCCGGUAAGACCCACGACCUUCCAGCAGCCCCAGCAGAGCAGUAUCUGCAGCAGAAGCUUCCAGAUGAGGUGGUUUUGAAGAUUUUCUCCUACUUACUGGAGCAGGACCUUUGCCAGGCGGCCUGUGUGUGCAAGAGAUUCAGCCAGCUAGCAAACGACCCCAUCUUAUGGAAACGGCUAUACAUGGAGGUUUUUGAAUACACGCGUCCCAUGAUGCAUCCUGAGCCCGGCCGGUUUUACCAGGUCAGCCCUGAGGAGCAUGAGCAUCCAAACCCCUGGAAAGAGAGCUUUCAGCAGCUGUACAAAGGUGCACAUGUAAAGCCCGGCUUCGCUGAACAUUUUUACAGUAACCCCGGCCGAUACAAAGGCAGAGAGAAUAUGCUGUAUUAUGACACCAUUGAGGACGCUCUCGGAGGUGUUCAAGAAGCCCAUUUUGAUGGUCUCAUCUUUGUUCAUUCUGGCAUCUAUACCGAUGAGUGGAUUUAUAUAGAGUCUCCCAUCACCAUGAUUGGUGCAGCACCUGGUAAAGUAGCAGACAAAGUCGUCAUAGAGAAUACUAGAGAUUCAACAUUUGUCUUCAUGGAGGGUUCAGAGGAUGCAUAUGUGGGGUUCAUGACCAUUAAGUUUAAUCCAGAUGAUAAAUCGGCGCAGCAUCACAACGCCCACCACUGUCUGGAGAUCACAGUCAACUGCAGCCCCAACAUCGACCACUGCAUCAUCCGCUCCACAUGUACAGUGGGUUCAGCCGUGUGUGUGAGCGGACAGGGCGCCUGUCCAACCAUCAAACACUGCAACAUCAGCGACUGUGAGAACGUGGGUCUGUACAUCACAGACCACGCACAGGGCAUUUAUGAGGACAACGAAAUCAGCAACAACGCGCUGGCAGGAAUUUGGGUGAAGAACCACGGUAACCCCAUCAUUAGGCGUAACCACAUUCAUCACGGACGAGAUGUAGGAGUGUUCACGUUCGAUCACGGCAUGGGUUACUUUGAGAACUGUAACAUCCAUAGAAAUCGCAUAGCUGGCUUUGAGGUGAAGGCGUACGCCAACCCCACAGUGGUCCGCUGCGAGAUCCACCACGGCCAAACGGGAGGCAUCUACGUCCAUGAAAAGGGGCGGGGCCAAUUUAUAGAAAACAAAAUCUAUGCCAAUAACUUUGCUGGUGUUUGGAUCACGUCCAACAGCGACCCGACGAUACGUGGAAAUGCUAUAUUCAACGGUAACCAAGGUGGAGUGUACAUAUUUGGAGACGGCCGUGGGUUAAUAGAAAGUAAUGACAUCUAUGGUAACGCCUUGGCUGGGAUCCAGAUCCGAACAAACAGCUGUCCCAUUGUAAGGCACAACAAAAUCCACGAUGGGCAGCAUGGAGGCAUCUACGUGCAUGAGAAAGGCCAGGGAGUGAUUGAGGAGAACGAGGUUUACAGCAACACGUUGGCUGGAGUUUGGGUGACCACAGGGAGCACUCCUGUCCUCCGUAAGAACCGCAUCCACAGCGGCAAACAGGUUGGCGUGUAUUUCUAUGACAAUGGCCACGGUGUGUUGGAAGACAAUGACAUCUACAAUCACAUGUACUCUGGUGUACAGAUAAGGACGGGAAGCAACCCAAAGAUACGGCGCAAUAAGAUCUGGGGAGGGCAGAAUGGAGGGAUUUUGGUCUACAACUCAGGGUUGGGCUUCAUCGAGGAUAAUGAAAUCUUUGACAACGCCAUGGCGGGAGUGUGGAUCAAGACAGACAGCAACCCCACAUUGCGGAGGAACAAGAUCCAUGAUGGCAGAGAUGGAGGCAUCUGCAUCUUCAACGGAGGCCGAGGUUUGCUAGAAGAGAACGACAUCUUCAGGAACGCGCAGGCCGGCGUGCUCAUCAGCACCAACAGCCAUCCCACGCUCCGCAAGAACCGCAUUUUUGACGGCUUUGCUGCAGGUAUUGAAAUUACUAACCACGCAACGGCAACAUUGGAGGGCAACCAGAUCUUCAACAACCGCUUCGGCGGGCUUUUUCUGGCCUCAGGAGUUAAUGUCACCAUGAAAGAUAAUAAAAUUCAGAAUAAUCAGGACGCCAUUGAGAAGGCGGUGAGCAGAGGACAGUGUCUCUACAAGAUCUCCAGCUACACCAGUUACCCCAUGCACGACUUCUAUAGGUGUCACACCUGUAAUACAACAGAUAGGAAUGCCAUCUGUGUUAACUGCAUCAAAAAGUGUCACCAAGGACACGAUGUAGAGUUUAUACGACACGAUCGGUUUUUCUGUGACUGCGGCGCGGGAACGUUGUCCAACCCGUGUACGCUGGCCGGAGAGCCCACACAUGACACGGACACUCUGUACGACUCGGCACCGCCCAUCGAGUCCAACACGCUACAACAUAACUGAAGGCGGCGGCUCGUGUUAACGCCCUCAGAUAAGCAAACAAACACAUUGCAUUACACACAGCUACACACACAUACACACACUCACAUACACCCAGUUCUAAACGUGCAUCCGCCUGCAGCUAUAAGGACCCAGAGAGACUCUGAGCUCAGCGCUCUCAGUGGAAGAGGCUGCAGAGGAAGCAGCUUCAUCUGGCGUCAGCCGCACUCGCUGCAGGGGGUCACUAGAGGGAGCCGUGGAGCUUCCUGAAGCGAUUCCUCGCUGCAGACUGUAAACAAAGAAGACUGGGAAGGGCAGGUUAUUCUGAGGGGCUUUCGAGGUCCACCUGGUGGCACUUAAAGCAUGAAGAUCUCCACACAGCUAAUCCUCUUGCGAACUGCGGUUAAAAAGACUUCCUGCUUCCUCGCAGCUGCCAUCCCCAUUGGAUAAAAAAAAAAAAGGAAAA